CCCAAUGGGCUGGACCCAAAGAUGUUGGAGUCCAUCAUCCUAGAACAAUUUAUUGAUGCCCUCCCGGCCAGGACCUCAGCAUGGGUGCGGUACCACAGCUCCCCAGAUGUAAAAACAGCGGUGAAACUGGCGGAGGAGCACCUGGCGGUCCAGCGGGAGGCGACCCCCAAAGACAGCCGAAAGGCCCACCCCAGCACCCCGCCGACGACUCGCCCCGCUAUGGGGGGGAUGGAGGAGACGUCCCGGGAGCAGCGACCACGCACGGCCGAGCCACCCGGAGCCAACGAGCAGGUCCCCCACGCGGGCAGCCAACAAAAAAUCGUACCCACACGCACCCACAUAUACUCAGCAAAGGGGGGGACACGGGGCUAUAAUAUCUCCUCUGUUGGUGCAUUUCAGGGUACCGGCGCUGCGGAGAGGGGGCUUCCCUCGCAGAUGGCGCCUCAAACACCAGGGCCGGUGUGCUGGAGGUGCGGACGGCCCGGUCACGUGCGCCGGGAGUGCUCCAUGAUGGAGCAGCGUCGGAGACCAUGAGGGGGUGGUGUGGGCUGGAGACGACGAGAGCGACACCACGAGAGAGACGCUGAAAAGCGGAAAGAGACUUUGGGAGAAAGAAAAUAAAAUAAUUGUAAACGCUG